GAACUGAGUACUUUCGCACAACCUUACGGGUUAGUAAAUUCAGCGAAAUCUCGCCGAAAAAUCCUGUAAACUCUGCAGUGAUUUUCUGUCUUUGCAGAAAGUUUUCCCCAAAUAAUCAAGCACCAUGAGCUUCGACGAUGAUGAUGAGUAUAUGGCCCAGGCCGAUGACUGGGAUAGAGCCACUGUGCUCGAUCCGAUGUGGGAAAUCCAGCAAACGAAGACAUUCACAGCGUGGUGCAACUCCCAUCUUCGGAAGUCAGGAACGCAGAUCGAGGAUAUUGGCAAAGACUUCUGCAAUGGGCUGAAGCUGAUCAACCUCCUGGAGGUGAUCUCCGGGGAGCGACUCGCGAAGCCUGAGAAGGGAAAGAUGAGGGUGCACAAGAUCUCCAACGUGCAGAAGGCCUUGGAUUACAUCCAGAGUAAAGGGGUGCGGCUGGUCAGCAUUGGGGCAGAAGAGAUUGUUGACAGCAAUUUGAAGAUGACGCUGGGUAUGAUCUGGACCAUUAUUCUCCGCUUUGCCAUCCAAGACAUUUCUGUAGAAGAAUCCACGGCCAAGGAAGGGCUGCUCUUAUGGUGUCAGAGGAAGACGGCCCCUUACAACAAUGUCCGCGUCCAGAACUUCCACACGAGCUGGAAGGAUGGUUUGGCGUUCUGUGCUCUAAUCCACAGACAUCGUCCUGACCUUCUUGAUUACAACAGUCUAAGUAAGGAUGAUCCCCAGAAGAAUUUGGAACUUGCCUUUGAAGUGGCUGAGAAGCACCUGGACAUUCCCAAGAUGUUGGAUCCCCAAGAUAUUAUCAACACGGCCAAGCCAGACGAACGCUCCAUCAUGACUUACGUCUCAUGCUACUACCACGCAUUCGCUGGAGCUCAACAGGCAGAGAAUGCAGCUAACCGUCUCUGUAAGGUCUUGAGAAUGAAUCAAGACAACGAGAAACUCAUGGAUGAGUAUGACCGACUCGCCAGUGACCUACUGGAGUGGAUUAAACGUAAGCGCCCAUGGCUUGAGGACAGAACUCUGCCAGAAAACAACUUGCCAGCUGUCCAGAGUCUUCAAGUAGCAGAGGAUAAGCUUGACGAGUUCCGCAACUAUCGUGGGAAGGAGAAGCCUCCGAAGACAGAAGAGAAGGGCCAGUUAGAGACGAACUACAACACCCUGCAGACUAAACUCCGUCUCAGCAACAGACCUGCGUACAUCCCACAGGAAGGCAAACUGGUCUCGGAUAUAGCCAAAGCAUGGAAGGGGCUGGAGCAGUCUGAACGUGGCUUUGAAGAUUGGCUGCUGUCGGAGAUGAGAAGACUGGAGCGCUUGGAUCACUUGGCAAGGAAGUUCCAUCACAAGUGUAACAUCCACGAGGGAUGGGCAGAAGGCAAGGAACCAGACCUUGAAAAUAAUGACUACACAGGAGUCAAGCUCAAUGAAAUUUAUGCAUUGAAGAAGAAACACGAGGCCUUUGAGAGUGACCUGGCAGCCCAUCAAGACCGUGUAGAACAGAUUGCUGCUAUCGCUCAAGAAAUGAAUAUCCUGGAGUACCAUGACAUCGGACCCAUCAAUACUCGAUGCCAGGCAAUCUGUGAUCAAUGGGACCGGUUGGGUACCUUGACUUCUGCACGCAGACUAACACUGGAAAAAAUAGAAAACCUUUUGCAAAGAGUGGACUCACUGUUCUUAGACUUCGCCAAGAAGGCCGCACCGUUUAACAAUUGGAUGGAGGGAGCCAAUGAAGACCUGGUAGAUGUCUUCAGUGUUCACACUGUGGAUGAAAUCAGAGGUUUGAUCCAACCUCAUGAAGACUUCAAAGCAACUCUUCCUGACGCUCAGCUAGCCUUCGACGAUCUGGUGGAGAUCGGCAACAAGAUCAAGAACCUGUUUGCGGAACACGACCUGAAUAUGGACAAGUCCAAUCCUUACUCAACACUCAGUGUAGAGGAUUUGGUCAGUAAGUGGCAAGAGGUGUUGAGGCUAGUACCGGAGAGAGAUAGCGCCCUACAGUCAGAACUCCUCAAACAGGAAUCCAAUGAACGUCUACGCUACCAGUUUGCCAAGAAGGCCAACGUGGUCGGCCCUUGGAUUGAGAAUGUCACCAUGAAAGUGAACAACAUGUACCAGGAGAAGGGUGUCCUAGAAGACCAUCUUAGUCUCCUGAAGAGGAUUGAAAGAGAUGUCGUCGAUUACAAGAACCACAUGGACGAGCUUGAGAUGUACAACCAGUCAGUACAAGAAGCUAUGAUCUUUGAGAAUGAACACACGGAAUACACUAUGGAGACAGUUCGUGUUGGAUAUGAGCAGCUGAUGACAACAGUAAGGCGUCUCAUCAACGAGAUUGAGAACCAGAUCCUUACGAGGGACUCCAAGGGAAUCACUGAGGAGCAGUUUGAGAUGUUCAGACAAUCGUUUAAUAUAUUCGACAAGGACCACACCGGUAAGCUAGACCGCACUGAGUUCAAAUCGUGCCUGAUGUCCCUCAGUCUCUCCCCGCCUGACGACAAAUCGGGACGAAACCCUGAGUUUGACCGCAUCAUGGAUAGCGUAGAUCCCAACCAUGACGGACAUGUUACGUUUGAAGCCUUCUUGGAUUAUAUGUCCCGCGAGGCCACGGACACCGAUACAUCGGAACAAGUUAAGGGAUCCUUCAAAGUGCUGGCUGGAAAUAAGAACUACAUCACGAAAGAAGAUUUGAUGCGCGAGUUGCCCCCAGAUCAAGCGGAGUACUGCAUUGCCAGAAUGGCCCCUUACCAAGGACCAGAUGGCAGCCCCGGAGCUUUAGAUUAUAUGUCCUUCUCUACCGCCCUCUAUGGUGAGAGCGACUUGUAAGAGCUUUACAAAUAGUACAGUGUAGUUGAUGACAAAGUUAUUAUAUACAAAGGUGAAUUCAUGGUACUUUUAGUUGGAUGCCAACAGCUGUAGCAAGAGUGUAUAUUGGUUGGGUUCUUGUUUUUGUUUUUGUUUUUUUCCAUUUUUGUUUUUUUCCUUUCUUCCUCUAGUACCGAACUUCUUGUUUGAGAUCUGCUCUUUCACAUUUAGAUCAUUAGGUUUUAUUGUUUCUGUUUGUUGUUGUUGGUUUUAACUGAUGAGUUGGACGAGAGAUCUGGCAUUUUUUGUUAGUAGGCCAGUUGGUGUGAUAGAAGUUAUGCUGUGGGCUUCUCAAAUCAAUAUACAACGAAUAUUUACACAGAUGUAUAUUACACAAAUGUAUCAUAGAUGUUUUUUCUCCCCCUCCCCCCCUUCCUGACUCAUGCUGAUAUUUUAUUAGUCAGGGUUGGGUGCUCAUAGACUGGUCCCCUGUCUAACCUGCAUGGCACUGGUCUUACAAACCCAAUGUUUUUUUUUGGAUUGACAUACCAGGACCCAUACCUACCAGGGCCCAUAAUCAUAGAGCCGUUUAAGCCAAAAAAAGUAGAUAAGCGCAACAAAAAUAUGCUUACCAGGGUAAGUAAACAGCCAAAGUACCUUGUCACAUGCACAGUCUCUGACUUGUUUUGCUUAGCAAAAACUUUGUUAAGAAAAACUUUCUUCGGAAACUGCUCUAUGAAGUUGGGCCCAGACUGAUAGUGACACUACACACUUGGGUGGGUGUGGGUAGGCAUACACAUCCCAAUUGGGGACCCAUUACAAUGUACAGAAGAGUCCCCACUUGGGUGAGGGUCCCCAGUUGGUCAUUGUGUACAAAACGAAUGGGAGUUGUUGUCAAAAAGUAAAGUACAACCAAAAGAGGAAAAUAGGGUCCCCAGUUGGGUGAAGGUCCCCAGUUGGAGAUUGUGUACAACAACCAAUGGGAGUUGUUGCCAAACAGACUACAAACAAAAGAGGGACAAUAGGAGGUUCCUGAUUACAGAGUUUGUGUUUGUGUGUGUGUUAUGCAUCACCAAUUUUAUGGCAUGCAAGGUCAAAGGUCGACUGGUAACUACCAGAUUCUCAAGGCCAGUCUCUGGCUAUUUUCACGGGGGCCUCGGAGUGUGGUGUUUGGGCUGGGGUACUGUUACUUCCAAUGCUCCAUGAGUAUUCUAACAGGUGCUUGACGAACGAAGCCUUCUUUUCUCUAAGGCCAAGUUCUUGCUCAGGUUUUUCAACCAGUGGCAGCAUUACAAAGUCGCUGAAGUGUUUUGGUAGAUAGCAGUGAGAUUGUUCACUUUUUAUUGUGUCAUUUACUCCCAUAAAGAAGUCAUAAUAUUCAGAAAGAAAGUCUUGCCUUUUUUUGUUCAAGACAUGCUUUCAAUCUUAAUGCAGUUUAUUGUUUUAUAAGAUAUUCGUCAGUUGAUGUUUAUAUUUUGUUUCAUUCUCGUCACCAAACUACAUAUGUUUUUUUUUAGGUUUUUUUUAAUAAGUAGCAAAGACCCAAACCUAAUUGACUUCAAGCUUCCAGGGGGAAAUUUAUGAACCUCCAUCCUCCCUCCAAUGGUUAAUUCGUACCACCCUUUUAAAAUCAACUUUCUUUCCAAUAAAUUAUUUGUAAAAUAGAUUUAAGAUGUGCAGCAUUGAAGUGACAGUGUAGCUGUUUUAUAUUUUCAUUGAAUGAAUAAAUGUUAUUGGAGCAAUGUUGCGAUUUUAAAGUAACAAAUAACAACAAAACAACAAUUUAUAUGAACUUAAUAAAUAUUUAAUGGAGUCUUGUUCAGCAUCUAUCACAAUGGUUACAAAAAGCACUUCAUGUUGUCUCCCGGUUCAAGACCAUGUUACUCGCAUCUAAAACUCAAAUUUUUUCUCAAGGAUUUAAAUACUCAUUCUGGUGUCAUACAGAAUGAAGUUGGACUACUCAGCUUAGCCUCACAGACCACUCAACUGUGUCCGCUCUAACACACUUGUUUAGCGUUUAAAAAGAGUGUACAAUUUUAAACUGAGCUGGCUGCAAAGAGUUGGCUCCUCAUACCUGAGGCCUCCCGUUGCCUAUUUCAGGCUUUUUGAUGGUCACUCAGAUUUGGCCACUCACAUCUAAGGCUUUUUCUGGCGACUCAAAUUUGGCUGCUCGCACUUAAAGCAUCUCGCAGGUUACUCACAUACUUCAACCUUUUUUAUGUCACUUUUUUUAUGGCUACUCAGUUGAGGUUACUCACAUCUUAAGGCCUUUUGCUGGCUUAUCAAACCUGAGACUUAUUGCUUGCUCAGUUAUGGCUAUUCACAUCUGAGGCCUUUGCAGGCUUUUCACUUUUGCCUACUUCCACAUUAGACUUGUGGACAAGUCGUUAAUGGUCCCACGCGGUGAGAUAGUUGAGUUGUCACUGCUCUCGCGCGAACUGCUGGUUGCCGACUUCUACUCCCCAUAGUCGGGCAGCGCACAGUAGUCGCGCAACCACCAGUUCGCGCGGAGAGCACCUCUUUCACUUGAGUCAUUUUACUUGCUACUUGUUUUUCUGCCUACUCAGCCAUAGUCAAGUAGCGAAUGCAUAUCGGCAUAUAAUGUAUGAUUUAGGCAGAAUAAUCACAUUUGAUCCUGACUUUACCCAACCCACCUCAUGGACUGCUUGUAUUUGAUGGAUUUGCUCUGUACUCUAGCCAUCCACUCUUGGCAUGAGACCAGGCUGAUGAAUCUUAUCACAGUCCACACAUUUUUGGGCGUUGAGUUUUAGAACAGAGUGGCAAACAUUGAUGGAUUUGGGACAGUAAAGGGCCAGUCACACUGAAGCAAUAAACGAAAACGAUAACAAUCACGCUAACAAUGCGCACCCUCGAUUGGUUGAACAAACGUGCGCGUAGUCUGCGCGAAGCAAUUCAACCAAUAGAACUGCUUUUGCAUGUUUUGCUAAACUGAUGAUAUCUGAAGUGUUGUCAGUGCAGUGAUGUGACGUUAAACAGUUCUCUGAUAUCCAGUAUACAUCAUCAUGGAAUCAGACCUGUGUACAACAUACUCUGUUUAUAGUUUGCUUUGAACCCGGUUAGUUGGUUUUACCACUUAGUUAGAUAACUAUCAACUUAUAGUUCAUUGCUUAGUUUAGAUAUUUAGUUAUUUCAGGGAUAAUAGUAAUGGGAUUGGUUACAAGUUUGUUAUAUAUUUCCGUUUGCAUAAAAAGCAAGAUUAACUAUAAACAAAUUCUUUAAAAUUACUCAUUUUUAUUUACUGUUUACGACUGAUGGUGAUUGUUAACAUUUUUGUUUGUAGAUUUAAGAUGUAUUAACUAAAUCUUAAAGAAAGAAAAAAACUAUACCAAAUAAGAGUUUAAAAAAUGAAUUAUGAUUAUGGAAAAAAGAUUUAAGCAGUGCCUUACCUCAUCAUUUGUACGGUAGUGGUGAGCCCCGUAAUUGAGAGUUUAUUCGUUAGCCACAUUUUGAAAUAUCUAAAUGUAUGCUCGCAGAAUUCAACAGUAAUGCAAAUAAUAAAUGGCAAAGUAGUCUGCUGAAGGGAAGAGUUAGACAUUGCUGUGACAGUUAACCGGUUGUCUCUUUUAGGCGUCGUUGUACAAAAUGUUUUUAAGUUUACUACCAGAAGCUGUAAUCUUUGCUUGAGUCUUUGUUUUUUUGCUCGUGUAGAACUCAAAGAUAAUGUGACAAAACCCAGCUGUAAAAUUGCAUGAUGAGAUUUGAUGUCUUGUCCAGUAGUAAAGACAACCGCCCACAAUUAAUUAUAACUUUGCAUUGGUUGUUUCAAAUGGUGCUUUAUAACCAGCAAAUCCAGAUAUAGCUUGAUUUCCCGUAUUAUUGCGUUUAUUUUUAUAUUAGUCUCAAUAGACCGUAUUGAACAUGACGUCACCGUUCAAAUAUCUGCCCUACAACAUGGCGUCUAUAAGCUUGGUGCGUAAGUGUGUGCGUGCAUGUGCCGUAGAAAUCAAUCGCCAGUGAGGGAGCCAUUUUGUGACGCCAUAUGCAAGGGCUCUAUGAAACAUUGAAUAAAUCUAAAUUUAUGAUAGCCAAGUCAAAUGGAAAUUCCUGAAAGCAUCAGAUCCCAAAUUCAUGGCUCUGCACUGUCUCACCAUUCUUUGCUUACAGGGUUAAGCGCUGAAUUUCUGCGCUUGUUUGAGCAACGAAUGCCUAGUCAUGAAGGACUUCGCACAAACAUAAAUUCCUGAAAACCUGUGAAAUAUGCUAAGCACGAAAUUUCCUGCUUCCGUAAGCACCAAUACUAUGCUUAUGGUAAGUAGUGCCAUGAAAUUGGGCCCAGGGCAAGUUUGAUGUAGAAGAGUUUAAAUGUUAAAUUUCUACCCUUUCCUUGGAUGUUAAAAUAAUCUUGUUUAAGCUAAUACAAUGGAUUUUACACUUGAUUCUCAAAUGUUGAUCCACUCUUUAAUGUAUAAUCAUUUCAUGAAUUCUUUUUGUUUAGAGUUUACUAUUAUUGCCUUCAUAAUUCAUAUGAACGUUUAUUUUCACAAUUAAGAAAUGUAAUUUCACAACAAAUUUUUUAACAGUUUGUUCAUAAUGAACCUCAAUUCAAAUAAUGCAAGAAAAUAUAUAUUCUGUUGAUAGUUGGGGUUUUUUGGGUACACUUUGUUUAGAGUAAACAGUAAUUAGAAUUAAGUGGCUUUAAUCUGUGGAUACAAACUGUUUGGUUGUCAAACUAAUUUUUCCUGCACUAAUAAAUUUGUAGCGAAAUGAGCUCAAUGAAGUAAUUUGUUAAAUAAAACUCUGACAAUCUAAAACAAUUCCUUGAGGCUGGAGCCCUCUUGAAAAAGUCUUUAAUUAUUUUAGAAUUAGAAACUGUACAUCCUCAUCAGGGCAAUGUACAGCAAAUCUACAAUAAACAAAUACUGAAUCACAUCAUUAACGGAAACCUCCAUUAAAGAAAUUGAGUUAAAAUUCCGGCCGCUGAAAUUCUGAAACUAUGCAUCUUCUUUUUUCAGAGAGUGAGUCUGUUUAAAUUGUCAUAACUUGGGUCAUUUAAGGUAUUGGAUGAGCGGUUGAUCAGCAGCACCACUGGCUUGUAAUUCAAUGAAAAGCAUUUGGGUUCACUGUUAAGGAAAUACAUGGGGGUAACAGGUGUGAGUUGGUAAAGAAAAAAAGGAUGUAUUGUUUCGGGUUUUUUUCUUUAAUGGAGUUUUCUUGUAAUUGUUGUUUUAUUUGUGGCCUGUAUUUUGUGUGCCUCUGACAGUAGGCAGUUAGGAUGUUGCUUCAAUCUUUCAAUAUUCUUCUCUCCUAUGUCACUCCAGCCCAAAUUGUUUAGGCUUGGAUAAGAUAGGAAUGCAUGACCCAGUGAUAAAUCUUUUUGAAAGAGAGAGGCCAACCGACGCAGCCUCAGUCUUUCGGAAUCUGUACUUAAAAGGAAUUUGCAGUAUUUUUCGUUGGCAUGAGGGUGUUUGUUGACCAAAUUUAUGAGAUUCAAAACAAGUAAAUAAACUGUUUUUUCCCUUUUUUCUUUUAAUUCAUCAUUUUUGACUUGUAUGCGUUGUAAAACACUUCACUUCCAUGUCAAUGUUUUGUUGUUGUUUUUUUGUUUUUUUCAAGUGAUAUGAAAGCCCUGAAUAAUUUGUCAAGCUCAGGAAAGUGAAGGUUAACUGUAAACUUAUGGGCAUUUUCCAAACUUGUUCCAUGUCCAAAUUGACGGCCUCAGCUAUGGCUACUGCUGGAUUUCGACAUCAUGCGUUGAAGUAUGGGAUGUCCUUAGCAACAGCCUUGACAACAGUCGUAGCCAUAACUGUAGCGGCCAUUUUGGAUAUGACUUGGGCUCAAGCUUCAGCUGGUUGGGCUCCAUCUUUAAUUUUGGAGCAGUUUGUUCAUGUUACAUACAGUGGUUCAGCAUCAAACACACUGGAACCAGCCUAAAUUGAGGUUGGGCAAAAGCCCCCCAUGUAUCUCAAUCAUUUUGUGACUAUUUCGUUAUAGAAUUAGCCCUUUUUAACUUUUUGUUUAAUAAUCAGGAUUAACAGCACCGGCAUGUAGUUUUAGAAUGCAACCCUUUGUUUUCAGAACCACCUAAUCUACCUUUAUGUAAAUUGAAAGAUUUAAAUAUAGUUAUUGUUUGGGUAAAAAAAAUGUAGUUUAGUUUGAAUAACCUUCUGCUGCAUUAUGACAAACUCUUGAGUAUUUUUGAAGUGGUUUGAAUAUGCAGAAGCAUGUUGGGGAAUGGAGUGUUCUCUAGUGUACCUUGCAUUGUAUUGAGUACUGGGGAAAACUAAUAAUAAAAACAAUAAAUUACUUAUAAUUAUACAAAUACUAAGUAUUAGAAUGGGAAUUGGGGACAGCUUGUAAUAAAUAACUAUUAAUUUUGGUUAUGAAUUCAGUAUGUCAAUAUGGUUUUGAUGUUUUGUGUUUGUCUCGUUUAAGACUUGUAUAAUAAGUUGACACACAAAAGUUAUAAUUUUUGGAUUUCUGUAAAUAGUAGGUUGGUUUCUUUACACUGCUUUGAGUGUACUCUGUUGAAAUGAAAACCCUGCUUAGUGCAACAGAGGAUACAAGCGUUGUAAAGUGAACUGGUUCCAAUUUUAUAGAGCUGCUUAUUAAGCACAAAAAAGUCACUAAGCAUAACCACUAUUGCUUAGCAAAUACGGUUACCAGCUUGAAUUCUAUGGCACAUGUACCAUCUGCCACUGGCAGCCUGUUGUUUUUUGCUUAGCAGAAAUGUGCUAAGCAUUAUUUUCUGCUUGAGCAUCUCUGUGAACAAAAUAAUCAGGAGUAAACUCUAGUCAAUAAGAAUUCAAAAUAUGUUCUUAAAUGCUCACUUGAUUUUGUACUUUUGUGCAACAACCGAUAAUUAUAGAUAAAUUAGAACAAAAUAACGAUCAAGUAUAGUCGGGGAUUUGUAGACAUAACUUUUAUUGUUAGUAUUUUUUUUCUUUCUACAUUUCAAACCAUGAAUUGCCAAGAUGACAAUAAUGUUUUUCCCCCAAUGUGUAUUUUCUGUACUAUGCAAAUUGACUCAUUAAACCCGCCUGCAAUCUUCCCAUGA